GGACUCAAUGAUCCCUGUGGGACCCUUCCAACUCAGGAUAUUCCAGGAUGUUUGACACUGGCAUCUCCUUAUCUCUGGAUGUCUCUAUGUCCUGUCACUCCAAGGGGAGGCUCUGGAAGAGCCAUUCCGUGCUGCCCUGGGUCCAUGUUGGAUCCAGGCAGGUCUCCUGUGCCCUGUGGUGCCAGAGCAGGGCCCAGUGCCAGUGCCAAUGCCUGGCAUGGCUCCAGCACGCUCCGUUUCACUCCUUGGGAUUUUUUUCUUUGUAAUCACUUCUGCUUGGGAAGAAUUUAGGUCUCACAAAAGCAGUCAAAGCCCUUUUUUGUGUGGAGGGCAGGACAAAAGCUCCCAAACCCGGGAGGAUUUGGGUGGUGAAAGCCAGCUCUGUUCCCAGGGGGCUCUCACUGGCAGGGGCUUCCCUGGGCAGGGCUCAGCACCCCAUAAAUACCCUGCACAAGGCUCUGCUCUGAGCUUGGCUGCUGGAGGCUCAGGCCCUUCAUCGGGGAGAGGAUGUACAGCCAAGUGGAGCAUCCAGCUGGGGGCUACAAGAAGCUCUUUGAGACGGUGGAGGAACUGUCCUCUCCAGUGACCACCCACGUCACAGGCAGGAUUCCCACCUGGCUGCGAGGAAGCCUCCUGAGGUGUGGUCCUGGCUUGUUUGAGGUGGGCUCAGAGCCCUAUUACCACCUCUUCGAUGGCCAGGCAUUGCUCCACAAGUUUGACUUCAAGGAGGGGCACGUCACCUACCACAGAAGGUUUAUCAGGACUGACUGUUAUGUGCGAGCAAUGACAGAGAAAAGGAUUGUCAUAACGGAGUUUGGCACCUACGCGUACCCAGACCCCUGCAAGAACAUCUUCUCCAGGUUCUUCUCCUACUUCAAAGGUGUGGAGGUCACGGACAAUGCCCUGGUUAAUGUCUACCCUGUGGGUGAGGAUUAUUAUGCCUGCACUGAGACCAACUUCAUAACCAGGAUUAACCCAGACACCUUAGAGACAAUUAAGCAGGUGGAUCUCUGUAAAUAUGUGUCCAUUAACGGGGUAACGGCUCAUCCCCACAUUGAGAAUGAUGGGACAGUUUACAACAUUGGGAAUUGCUUUGGAAAAAACUUUGCCCUGGCCUACAACAUCAUCCGGAUUCCUCCACUGCAGGCAGAUAAGGAGGACCCGAUCAACAAGUCACAGGUGGUGGUGCAGUUCCCUUGCAGUGACAGGUUUAAGCCGUCCUAUGUCCACAGCUUUGGGCUGACCCCAAACUACAUCGUGUUUGUGGAAACACCAGUGAAAAUCAACCUCCUCAAGUUCCUCUCCUCCUGGAGCCUCUGGGGAGCCAACUACAUGGACUGCUUUGAGUCAAACGAAACCAUGGGGGUGUGGAUCCACGUGGCUGAGAAGAAGAAGGGCCGGCUCCUCAACCUCAAGUACCGCACCUCGGCCUUCAACCUCUUCCACCACAUCAACACCUACGAGGACAACGGGUUCCUGAUCGUCGACCUUUGCACAUGGAAGGGGUUUGAGUUUAUUUACAAUUACCUGUACUUGGUCAACCUCCGGGCAAACUGGGACGAGGUGAAGCGCCACGCAGAGAAGGCCCCGCAGCCCGAGGCCCGCAGAUAUGUCCUGCCCCUCAACAUCGACAAGGCUGACACAGGGAAGAAUCUGGUCACCCUGCCCUACACGACAGCCACAGCGACGCUGCACAGCGACGAGACAAUCUGGCUGGAGCCUGAAGUGAUUUUCUCGGGGCCACGUCACGGUACAAAUGAGACCCCAAAUCCCAACAGCACAAGUACUGCCUGCACUCCCUGUCCCACUGAUCCUCAUGCUUUUAUAUAUUUAUUUUUUAUUGUAGCCUUUGAGUUCCCACAGAUCAACUACAAGAAAUACAGUGGGAAGCCGUACACGUACACGUAUGGGCUGGGGCUGAAUCACUUUGUCCCAGACAGGCUUUGCAAGCUGAAUGUUAAGACCAAGGAGACCUGGGUGUGGCAGGAGCCGGAUUCGUACCCGUCGGAGCCCAUCUUUGUUUCACAUCCGGAUGCUCUGGAGGAAGAUGAUGGGGUUGUGCUGAGCAUCGUGGUCAGCCCAGGCACGGGGCCCAAGCCCGCCUACCUGCUCAUCCUCAGUGCCAAGGACAUGAGCGAGGUGGCCCGGGCCGAGGUGGAGGUGAACAUCCCUGUGACCUUCCAUGGGUGCUUCAAGAGAGCAUGACCCUGCCAGCCAUGCCUCACGUGGGUCUGUUCCAGCUCCCAAAGGGGCAGUCUCCGUUUACAGCCACUCCAGUGACCUACAAUCCUUCGACAUCCCCUUUCGUUUCUGUGGCUGCUUCAUUCACAGUGAGCACUUCAAUUUUGGCCAUGAUUCUUCAAUAUGCUUGAUCAGGUAUUUUUUAAAUACAACCUUUGCCAUAAUUUCCAGUUAAAACACCACAAGUUUGGUGUGGUGGUGGUUCCAUUUUUAUAAAUUUAAUCCUUGUAGCUGCAGCAGAGUGAAAGAUGCCUGAAAGAGCAGAGUGUAACCUCAGCACUUGUACACGUGGUAACAUUAUGUGUAACAGUCUCUGCUCCAUUACAUGUUUGAGAAUUUUUAGCCUAUACUGAAGUAUUAUGGAUUUAAAUCCCCUCUUGGUCACUGCUUUAGUAUCCUCAGAGCAAUCCAAGUGGAGCCUUUCCACAGCUGCUUUGGGAACCUGAACUGGGUGGCCCAGGGCUGGUGGCAGGUAGAGUUUUGUUCUUCAGUAAGGCUGCAAACUGCACACACUCCUUGUGUGUUUGCUCUUUCUCCUUUCUUUUGCCAAAGUGCAUUUUCUUGAUUUCUGUAUUUCAUGCUAAAACAUGAACAUGAAAAAAAUCAAGCAAUUGUUAUCCCUUGGGCUGAUUUUGCUUCCUUAGAGUGCUACAGAUGCUCAGCUUUAUCCUUCCUUCUCACAAAAUAAACUUUCAGCUGAUGUUAAAAGAGGCUCUAGUUGAAAAUAAAAACUUCCUGCUAAUAGACUUAAAA